AUGUACUUCAAAAACACAUUGGCUCUCGCCGCGCUGCCGGCCUUGGCCUCAGCCACGUACACCACGGAGUAUCUCACCGGCUCUUCGAACAACACCAUCCAGGUUCUCGUCGAAGGAGAGGGCCCAUCAUUGCUUGUCUGGCCAUCAUACGCUCGCGACAGUAUCGAGGACUUUCAUGAGUUCUCCGCCGCGCUUGCCGAAGCCGGCUACCGAGUCCUCCGCCUCCAACCCCGAGGCAUGGGCGAAUCUACCGGCCCUAUCAAGACGACCUGGGAUGAGCUCGGCGCCGACGUUGUUUCGGUCAUUGACACUUUCGGCAAUGGAAAGGCCGUAGUUCUCGGUCACGCCGCUGGCCAGAGGGUCACGAAGCACAUGGCCGCUACCUUUCCGGAGAAGGUGCCCGCGAUCGUACUGGCAUGCAUCAACACCGGAAUCAACACUAACGCCACGAUUGCUGCCACGGCGACGAUCGCCAGCAACUACAGCAACCCUGUUGAGGAAAGACUUGCGGCACUGGAACUGGGCUACUUUGCCCCUGGCCACAACGCGUCAGUCUGGUUGUCGGGAUGGUUCCCCGAAGCCGUCGGCUCUGUCUCAGGCACUGGCGUCAGCACCCUUGGAGGAAACAACACACAGAUCCUGGAUGUCAUUGCAAAGUUGGACCCGUGGAGAGCGGAAGACCAAUGGAACUACACCACUGGGCUGGCGGGUGAUCGUUCUACAGUGGUAUUCGUCGAGGACGCAUCACACGCGUUGUUCCCUGAAAACCUGCAGGGACUCCUUGAUGUUCUGCUUCCGUGGUUGAAGACUCAAACAUCUGGAUGGCUGUAG